AUUGUUCGAUUUUUCGUCAAACAGCGUCAACGUUAAACCCACACAAACUUAAACACUACCACGAGACGACGAGAAUUCAUUUGUGAAUCUUAUAAUUUGUUAUUUUGUACCAUUAAUUUAUUAAAAGUGCCGUAAAACUAAUUAACAACCCUAUGGAGAAAGGAAAGGGUAGAUAUGAGAAAAAUAAGAACGGUGGGCAGAACGGAAUAGUUAAAGAGAUUAAGAUAGAAUCGCCACAUAAUCUUAGCUCUUUAGAUCUAAGCAAAAGAAGCAUCGUAAACUUUAAUGAAAGUGCGGUGUUCCCGCUAAAUCUGACUGAUUUGAAUCUUUCACAUAACGAUCUGAUGACUAUCCCCAAGGCUGUGCUGAAAUUAGCCCAUAUAAAGUUUUUAGAUAUUUCACAUAAUAGCAUUCAGUGCUUUGACGAACUACCCAACUUUUGCCACACUAUAGAAGAACUAAACUUAUCACAUAAUCAACUAUUUGGUCCACCUAACUGGGUGUGGAGUGAAUGUCCAAGAAAGCUAGAUAAACUAUAUCUUAAUGAUAAUAUAAAAAUAACAAGUACAUUACAAAAUGAAUAUUUUCAAGAAUUACUGCAGUACAAAGUCCAUGUCACUCAUGUUGUCAUAUACAACUGUAGACUUAAAAACUCUUUGGAGUUACUUGGAACUUUUCCAAAAGCAAAGUCUAUCAUAGCUGGAAUACCAGAUUUGACUACUUUGUUUUGCAAUCACCUUGAUCAUAUACCCUGUCCGGGCUUGGACCAAUGCUGUGAUGUAGAAAGACUGAACCUAAGCAAUACAAAUAUAUAUACUAUACACUCUAACAUAGAUAUGUACAAGAAUUUAGUUGAAAUAAAUCUAUCAAAUAAUAAUAUAAAUAGCUUGCCUAAUAAUUUCUGCAAUUUAGAGAAUCUUGAAAUUUGUAUAUUGUCAUGUAAUAACAUAUUGUAUUUGCCUGAUGAUAUGGUGAAGUUAAAAAAAGUCUGGUGUCUUGGGUUGGACUGCAACCAACUGUGCAUGCUUCCUGAAGGUUUAUGUAGUUUGCCAAACUUGAGAAUCUUGGAUUUGUAUGACAACAGCCUCUGUGAAGUGGAGAAAGAAGUGAAACAGAUAGCAGAAGUGGAUCUAGCCCAGAAUUACUUUGUUGAGCCUGGUGAUAGGGAAUAUUUAGCAAAAAAAGAGAAAUUGCGGUUGAGUAUGCCUGAGCGACUUGAUGGAAGGAAAAUACAGAUGGAACAGUGUGAAAGUGAACAUUCGUCAGGUACCACAGAUGAUGAAGAACUUAUUGCAUACAUGAACAACAUAGAAAUUAAUAGACAAAAUGCACCAACAACCUCUAAUGAAAUAGUAAGUUCUCCUGAAGAUUGGGACUCCGAUGACUACUGGGUACCUAGAUACUUCCCUAAAGUGUCAGUUGACAAAUCGCCAUGGCACUACUAUAUAGAACGCAAGAUGCAAGAAGGAAACUUCUGUCCCAUUGAUUUGCAUACUAUACCUGUGGCACAAAAAGUGCAAUAUGAAAAAAUGUGCAAUCCAAAACCUUGGGUGCCAGUAGAAGGACAGUUUGAUGAUAAUUCUGAUGAUGACAGUUGGUUUCUGCACGUAAAGUAAAAGAAGCAAGAACUAAGUGUCGUAUGGAGAUAGAGAAUGCACCAAGUUGAUAGAGGUCCAUAACCAUGUUCACCAAUAUGGACACGCCCUAAAAUUCAGCUUUAGAAUAGGUACACUGCACAACACAUAGAAUGAAUCCAUUGAUUCUCAAUGACAAUACUAGAGAUGAACCUGAUAUUCAACAACUAUCCAGUAGACCCCCUCCCUAUACCAACUGUGGAUAACAUAUGAAUUUAGAAGUAUACCUACAUGUAAAAUUUAGGGACACUAUAUUAUGAUGAUAUAGUAACUAGGUGAUCCAUAAUGUGUGAAUACAUUACACUGACUACUAGCUCCUAAAAUCUUACAAACCUUCUAGAGGGUCACAGGCUUCUCUUUAAAAAAUACCAGUAAUGAUAUUAAUAGGAUUCAAUAAUAGAUGCACUUUAUUUAAUCCAUAACAACCAAUUUAUCUGCAUUAAGAGGCAGCAAAAAAUUCAAUAUUCAGCCAGAUAUCUGGUAUUCAGCAAAGCAGCUAUAUUUACAUGUUUCAUUUCUAGGCUAUUGAAAUCAUAUACAAUACAAUACAAAAUCUCUUUAUUGCAGUUAAAUCACAUUAAAAAUACAUUAGUAUUAUAAUUAAAUUUGUAGUACAACAGGCUGCCUUAUUGCUAAGGUAGCAAUCUCUUCCAGGCAACCUACAUUAGAAUUUAGAACACUAUUUAGAAAUAUCUACAUAAAAAAUGCCUUAUACAAUUAUAUUAAUAAUGACAAGACUGAUGAACUAAGUAGGUAUCAAUUAUUUAAUAUGCAAAUUAAGGUACCUUAAAAUAGUACAUUGAUAAUUCACCAUUCAGAAAGUAACCAAUUAUUAUUACAAACGACCUCAAGUUAGAAAUUAUACUUUAAUCGCAAUCAUAAGUAAAAUAGCUAACGCAUGUUGUAUACCUAAUCAUAUUUGAUAUUGAAAAUUCAUAUGUUACAAAACAGGGAGUCGCAAAUGUAAUAAUUUAUUUCUGUCUUUUUGUUUUAAUAAAUACAGUAACGCCAAUCGACCCUGCAACUAAUAACAUUCAGGAAACUUGGAUAUAAAGAUGUUUUACCUUUGGUAUUAUUUUUCAAAAAAAUAAUACCCGAAAAACAGGCGGUUUCUCUUUUUCUUUACUUUUAUUUUGACGGUAAUGCUGUGCUUUCUGCCCCCUUUUAAAAAAAGAAGAAGGCACUUUCUAUGUGUAAUAUCAAAAAUAUUUUAUAAUUUUUGUGCCAUUUAUUGUAUUAAAUUGAUCAGUUUACUUGCAUUUUGUUGCAUUGAUAAUGUAUAUUUGAUUGAUUAUUGUAACAUUGGUGUAUAUAAUAUUUUUCUUACAUUUACCUACUUUAUAACUUUCGUAAUCAUUGCAUGGCUGUUUAUGUAAAGAGCUUAUUGUUUCUUUCAUUUUUAUGACAGCAUAUUGUGUCUUGUUAGUUUCUAGUUAUAGAUUUAUUAAUAAAAAUAUUAAAAUAUUA